GCUUUAAAAUGUGAUGAUUAACAAGUCUAAACAAGUUUUUAAUAUUGGCUGUAUAAUGAUUGGUUGUUUCCUUAUUAUGACUGUGACGUAAUGUUUCAAAACAGUGGCACGCGUAUUUUACUAUAAUCUUUAGUGUAGUAGAUUUAUUUUGCGGGAAAAGUGAUACACACAAGACGAUUACAUAAGCAAUAUAUAGAAAAACACCUUUGUGAACAAUGGAUUAGUCACAUGUUACCUAUGAAAAAUAAAAUGGAAUCUAGCAAAUCGGAUGGACUGAAAAUUCCCAAGGAUAAUUCAUCUGCCUUUCAUUUUUAUGAUAAGAAACGUGACAGUGGAUAUUUGACAAAUUCACCAGCGACGCCUGCUACACCAAAUAACAAUCUUCAAUUUAAUUUUGACGAGGAUAUAGUUAGUGAAGAAAAUUCUAUAAGCCAUAGUGCAAAGUUUAAUAAAUUCGAGGAUAGCGGAGAACUUUCGGAUGAUUGUUUUUAUGAUGCCGAGGAAAUGUCAGAAAAUACGGAUAAAGAAGUAGAAUGUGCUAUGUCGUUAGAAAACAUUAGAUCAGUGCCUAUUCCAAUAUUAGUCCGUCCUAGUGCUCCUGCACCCCAGCCGUUUGACAAUCAUGACGUUCCUGGAAAUUUGGAAUGCAUUUCCGAAACUUUACAUUUCACAGCAUAUAGUUUCAAUAGAGGAUCACCAUUAAGGUCAUCAAGUCAUCAUUAUAAAAGACGUCAUUUUAGACCUAUUGGUCAGAGAACAAUAAGUACCCAGACUCCUCAUCAAAAUAGUCAGAUUCUCCAGCAGGCUGUAAAUACAUUGUCUGAUAGAUUCCAUCCUUAUGAUGCACCGUUAGCAAGAGGUACGGUACACAAUAGACUCCGUCAUACUUCAGAUGACUAUGUGCCCCACGAACCCCUCCCAGAUUUAGUACCCAUGGCCAGGGGGAGAGACCGUUCCAUUUCACUGCCAGAUGUGCCUGCAUUGAGGGAAGCCCAAGAAACGGAGGUUGGAAAAGAACUUCGACGCAUCAGCGACGAGUUUCAUUUCUCCUACCACACUCCGAGACAGGCAAGAAUCAUGAUACGACCACAUCCGGGAUCUUUCCCUGGAACUUGGAGAUUCGGCGGCUUCUGGGACAGUUUACGAGAAUUAUUCACGCCUAGUCCUACCAACCCAUCAGAAAAUUGAUACAAUGCCUUUCAUUAACAGUGUUCGGAUGUGUUCGGGUGUUUACAUGACAAUUUUGGAUAUUUUUUUGACAAUGUUCGGAUACUUUUUGUGACAAUUUUCCGAUGUUUUACAUGACUAUAUAAUAGGAUGUUUGCUCAUCCGGAAGUUUGGUGCUAUGCAAAAAUCAGACCACAAGAUUGAUUGCUCAAGAUGGGGGCCAAGCCCGCGAUCUCAUAUAUUCUUGGUGGUCACUAAAGUGCUUUUAUUUGAUUUUUUUUAUUACUAACCAUUUACGAUUUAAAAUCUAUGCCUUUUUCAUGUCUUUUACUAAUUGAUAUGGUAUUGUUAUACCAUAUAAAAGAAGGCAUAAUUUUCAAUCAUGUUUAAAAUAUUAUUGUUAUUAAUGUGUUUUUCUUGUUCUGAAAAUAAUGAUUUAUUUACAUUUAAUGUAAAUCAGUUUUCAAAUGAUCUCAGAUUUUAUUUUAACAAUUGUAUAUUUAUAUUUGAAAAGGGGUAAUGAUCAGCAUUAAUUUGGUGCA